CGGAAAGCAACAUAGUGUUUGUUUAUUACAUUUGUUUACAUCAAUAAUGUUACUAAAUUAUAUAUUUUGAACGUGGUUUUCUUGUUAGGUCUCUAUCCAUAACCAACCUGCACAGCCUCACCAGCCUUUGGAACAGCAUCUGUGUUCAAGAAUUACCGAGUGGGCAGGAUUGAGCUGCAGUGGCGCGAGAAAAGUUUUUAAACCACGCAGUGUAGUACCUGGGGCAGCUCUAGGGCCUGGAAAGAAUUAAAAGAUGUCGGAGGAUACCAAUCCACCUGCGGAGAAUGCUGCCGGUACUCCUCUGGCCGGCAAACAGCCCCGACGACAGAAGUUCACCGAGCAGCAGUUGGCAGCGCUUCCACACGAAGAGUUAGCGAAGAGCUGGCAAGACCUUGAUAUGUACGCUGACUAUCUAGAAGCUCAGCUGUCUGCUCAGGAAGGGGAGACGGCGGCGGCGCGCGAGGCGGAGGAGCGAGUCCGGCAGCAGCACCUGGAGAGCGCGCACCGGGAGAAGGUCCUGGUGCGGAGACUGGCCACCAAGGAGCAGGAGACACAGGAGUACGUGAGCCAGAUCGCUGAGCUGAAGGCGGCGCAGGCCCCGGGGGCGGUGGCCCUGCGCUCCGCGCUCCUCGACCCGGCCGUGAACCUCUGCCUGCAGCGGCUGGCCCAGCAGCUCGCGGCGUCCCGCGCCAAGGUCGAGGAGACGCAGAACGAGCUGAGCGCCUGGAAGUUCACCCCCGACAGCAACACGGGCAAGCGGCUGAUGGCGAAGUGCCGGCUGCUCUACCAAGAGAACGAGGACCUGGGCCGGAUGGUGUCCAGCGGCCGCCUGGCCAAGCUCGAAGGAGAGCUCGCCCUGCAGAAGAGUUUCAGUGAGGAGGUCAAGAAGUCGCAGUCUGAGCUGGACGAGUUCCUCCAGGAGCUGGACGAAGACGUGGAGGGCAUGCAGGGCACCAUCUACUACCUGCAGCAGGAGCUGCGUCGGUCCAAGGAGGCGGCGGCGGCGCUGCAGGCGGAGGUGGCGGCCCUGAAGGGCGCCGGGGCCUCGGUCCCUCCCCCCGAGGCUCCGCCCCCGCCGGCGGCGCCGCCCGUCGACGAGGACUCGAGCGGCUCGGCGGAGCUGAUCCUCAAGGUGGCGGCGGACGAGCUGGGCGCGGACGGGGAGUUCGAGGCGGAGGCGGGGCCAGACCCGCCCGCGGACGGCGACGGCGAGCGGAAGAGGCCGCUGGUGGACUGCGGCGACAGCAGCGGCGACGACAGCGACAACGUGCCGCUCAUCAAGAAGGUGCGCCGCGACUCGGAGAUCUCGCUCCACUACGACGAGGACGAGGACGAGGACGAGGAGACCAGGCUGAUGAGCUCCGGCCCCAAUGACCAGGGCAACGCGCCGGAGUAGUGUGGUCCCACUUCACGCGUUCACUAGCUAGCUAUGUACUGAUCAGGGGCGCAACAACUAAAUUUCCAAAAGAAGGGGGGGGGGGGGGGCAAUAUACCUUUUUAUAAAGAAUCAAUAAUCUGCCCUGUUGAAGCGCGGGGUCCGGGGGGUCCUCCCCCGGGAAAAUUUGUAUUUCAAGGUGGAAAAUGGUGCUAUUUAAGCAGUUUUACCAUCUAAAAAUGUAUUACACAGCACUUUCUUUGCCCCUAUUUGCCCCCACUUCAAGGUUUCAGAGGGGGGUGGGGGGGCAAAAUUCCCUUGCCCCCCCCCCCCUCCCCCCCUGUUGUUGCGCCCCUGGUACUGAUGGACUCUUUGUGUACAAUAUGUGGAUUAGUGAUGUCACAAAUACAUUUACAACUGCAUUAUUUCA